CACAUGUGCAGCACCAGAGCAGUUGCAGACAACGGCUAAGCUUCCUUUGUCGAAAAUGACUAGGAAGGAGGCUUUACCAUUUGGUGCAAUCUGCAAUGUGUAACUCCAUAAAGUUUUUAGUUUCCACAAGCUUUUUGUGGGAAUGCAUAUAAAAUCCAUCUUACCCAUUUAAAGGUGCAGUCUUACUAAAGGACAGUUACAAUCAGCCAUUAAUUCCCGUUUACACGAAACUCUAAACUCUACUAUCUCGGAAACUGCUAAGAAGGUGACAGUCACGUGGUGGUGCAAUCACAUGACUUUUGUGCGCAGAGGGUUACAGCGCAGUCCCUGAGACUCCGGUAGUGACAGCGGAACAAGAGCGGACGGGCGAAGCGACAUAAGUGGUAUAGAGGACAUGGACAAGUUGCGCAGAGUGUUAAAUGGCCAUGAGGAUGAGGAGCGCGGGCUCACAACUCAGGAUUGCCAUCAACUUCAGAAAGGUUUUGGAUUCAACAUCGCUAAGUUUUGGCACACGUGUGAAGUGGUUUGCAGUAUUCUUUACAUUGGGAAUUGCAUUUUCAAUUCUAGGUAGUGCACUACUUUGGAUUCCUGGUGCUGGAAUAAAACUUUUUGCUGUAUUUUAUACACUAGGAAAUGUUGCUGCCUUAACCAGCACUUGUUUUCUUAUGGGACCGGUGAAACAGCUUAAAAAGAUGUUCGAAUCAACCAGACUUAUUGCUACUAUAGUUAUGUUGCUUUGUCUAAUUUGUACCUUAUGUGCCGUGUUUUGGUGGCAUAAGAAAGGUCUGGCACUCCUCUUCUGUAUCUUGCAGUUCCUGGCAAUGACAUGGUACAGCAUCUCCUACAUUCCAUUUGCAAGGGAUGCCAUCAUUAAAUGCUUUUCCAGCUGUUUGAAUUGAAUUGAAGACGGAUCAUUCUCACACCGCUUUUUGUGCAAAGCACAAAUCUAAUAUUUCAGUAAACAAGAGUUUUUUGUUUUGUUUUUUGUUUUGUUUUUUGUUUUUAUUAAUGGAUGCAUGUUCAUGAUAUGUUGGCUGUAGCUAUUCUCUUACAUCUGUUCUGGACAUUUCACGUAUUACUCCACAAUGUUUUUGACCAUUUUCAAACCUUAUACUAGUUUUAACAAACUUUUCAUUAAUCUGCUUUAAAAAAAAAUAGGUAAGAAAUUAACAAUAUAAAUAUUAAACGACUGUUGAAGAAAGUUCCAGCAUAUGUAAACAUCACUUUGUGCAACCAAUCAAAAUACUAGAUAAAAAUCUUCUGUGUGUAGUGGGAUGCUUCAACAUUAGUGGAGUAUAGAGUUAAUUUCUGACCAAGCAAUUCAAUAGAAAAACAAGAAAAUAAACGUUUAUCAGCA